CUUGAGUUCUUGUAUUCAUCAUUGUGUAUUGUCUUGUCUAAAUAGAUAUUCUUAUAUAACGGCCUGCAGCUGUUUCCACCGCUCACCGGAAUUACUCCGAUUCCCCGCUUUCUCCACGACGCCCCUCAUCUCAUCAGCUCUUCUUCUGUCUCUCAUGCUCUCAUGCUGGUACUGUCCACCUUCGAACUUUUGAAAUUUUGUUUCGAAUAUACCCAUUCGCACCUUGUAUCGCUUAUAGCUCUACAAUGUCCGACUUCAACCCUCCCGAAACCUACGAUGACCUACCGGACAAGCGCCGAUAUUGGCCGGCGGCACCAGGCUCGCGCGAAGAAGGACUGGGCAUGCUCCGCUUGUUGACGCCGGAGGUGGUUGCCAACGCAGCGCGGACGCAGAUCCAGACAGGUGAGCGCGUCUGUCUGAACUGGGACCUCGAGAAGCUGAAUCCCCCGGGCUUCAACCGCAAGCCCUUCGAGCACAAAGUCAAGUGGGUAGCAGAGGGCGUCGCCUUCGACGACGAGUACCACUUUAACCCGCAGCAAUCGUCACAAUGGGACGGACUGCGUCACCACAACGCACCGGCCCCGCGCGACGACGGUAACACGACAACGACAACCGACGGCCCGGACGCCGACGCCGACCAGCAGCAGCAGAAACAACAGCAACAGCAGCAGGAACAGCUCUUCUACGGCGGGACAACAGCAGCCGAGAUCCUAGACCCGCGAUCCUCACGCAUCGGGAUCGGGCACUGGGCGAAACAGGGCAUCGCAGGCCGCGGAGUGCUGAUCGAUUACUACACCUGGGCACGGGAGCAACGAGGGGAGACGAUCAACGCGCUCAGCCAGACGGAGAUCUCGCUGGACGACGUGCAGACAAUCGCGCGGGAAUGCGGAAUCCGGUUCCAGCGCGGCGAUAUUCUGUUCCUGCGCGUCGGCCUGCCGGCCACGUGGGACGCCAUGACCGAGGCCCAGAAGGCGGAGUAUAGCCGCCAGCCCACGCCCCAGCAUGCCGGGCUCGAGCAGAGCGAGCGCGUGCUCCGCUUCCUCUGGGACAAUCACUUUGCUGCUGUCGCGUCUGAUGCUGUUAGCUUUGAGGUCUAUCCGCCCCGUAGACCGGAGUUCGAUCUCCAUCAUUUUCUACUUGCGGGGUGGGGGGUGCCCAUCGGGGAGAUGUUUGAUCUGGAUGAAUUGGCGGCUAUGUGUCGGCGUUUGGGACGCUGGACUUUCUUUGUGUCGAGCAGUCCGUUGAAUUGUGCGCAGGGGGUGUCGAGUCCACCGAAUUGUAUGGCGAUUUUUUGAUGGAGUGUCGAUGAUGAGGGGGUGUAGGCAAGGUAUUAUCGGUGGGUGGAAUGAUGAUAAGAGAUGAGAUAAGCACGGGUUCCGCGCCGCGCCUCGGCUCAAUCACUCAAUUUCCAUCGCGUCUCAUUUUUGAGGAUUCUCCAUUUACCAGGGAACCGAGCGUCUGUCGCGGGUUCAGCUGUCGUUUUCUUUC